UAUAAAGUGGUGAGAUCUACGUAAAUUUUACUGUGAAAUAUAGUUUCGUAAAGAGCUUGGAAAGUGAGUGUUAUGUUAUCCCAACAAGAAUACUUUUCACAUUCACACACAAGAAUAAAGGGACUCACGGGAAGCACCAAAACAAACAAAAAAUGACAACAACAAAAGAAAAGUGACAUGAACCAAAACAAAAAAUAUUAAAAGAACAAUUUUAUGAACAAAAAGUGCAACAUGUCCUGUGCCUGUGGUUUAGAAUUUAGAUUGUUCAUCUCUCUUAAUUUCUUUGAACAUAUAUCAAUAGAUGCAAUGCACCCGUGACCUAUCUAUCUAUCUCUCUGUAAAUGAUUCUCUGAUUCAGCUUCACUUAAUAUAUGGUCCCACCUGAAUAACAUAACUUGUAUAUAAAACCAUGACACAAGCCAAUUUUUGUAUAGUUCCAAAUCACAUUCUCCACCUACAUUUUUCUUUUGUUUGUAACAUUCUUUCUUUCUAAGAAUAAUACUUCAAACAUGAAUUUCAUUUUCUAUGUUUUAUUACUUCUUCUUGUUCUACAAAAUCCCAUUGUAACACAAUGUCAUACAAAGGGACUUCGACCAAAACCUUCUACUGGAUUUGGAAUGUCUGCCAAUAUGACCAAAGUCCAAGAAUCAGAACAACAAUUCAUGAAAUGGGUGAAAUUUGUUGGUGGUCUCAAACAUACUGUCUUUAGAACAGCCAAAAAUAAGCUUUUUCCUUCUUAUACUUUGAACGUUUAUAAACAUUCAAGUAAAGGAGGAUUUUCAUCAAUUCAAGCAGCCAUUGAUUCCCUUCCCUUCAUUAAUUUAGUGAGAGUUGUCAUUAAGGUUCAUGCAGGGGUUUACACAGAGAAAGUUAGCAUUCCUGCAUUAAAAUCAUUCAUAACCAUACAAGGAGCAGGUGCAGAUAAAACAAUUGUUCAAUGGGGUGACACUGCUCUAACUCCUAAUCCUGGAGCAAAAGGACAGACACUAGGAACUUAUGGUUCGGCAACUUUUGCAGUGAAUUCACCUUAUUUCAUUGCUAAGAACAUCACAUUCAAAAAUACUGCUCCAAUUCCUAAACCAGGAGCAGUUGGAAAACAAGGAGUGGCAUUGAGAAUUUCAGCUGAUACUGCUAUGUUCCUUGGCUGCAAAUUCUUAGGGGCACAGGACACACUGUAUGAUCAUAUUGGUAGGCACUAUUAUAAAGAUUGUUAUAUUGAAGGCUCUGUUGAUUUCAUAUUUGGCAAUGCUCUCUCUCUUUUUGAGGGGUGUCACGUGCAUGCAAUAGCACAAAAUAUAGGAGCACUAACAGCACAAGGAAGGAACAGUUUAUUAGAAGACACGGGAUUCUCGUUUGUACACUGUAAGGUCACGGGAUCAGGAGCACUAUACCUUGGAAGGGCUUGGGGUCCCUUUUCUCGGGUUGUCUUUGCUUACACUUACAUGGACAAUAUCAUCAUUCCCAAAGGAUGGUACAAUUGGGGUGAUCCCAACCGUGAAAUGACUGUAUUCUAUGGACAAUACAAAUGCACAGGACCAGGAGCAAGCUAUGCAGGGAGGGUAGCAUGGUCAAGGGAACUCACUGAUGAGGAGGCUAAACCAUUUAUUUCACUCAAUUAUGUUGAUGGGUCUGAGUGGAUUAAUUCUUUCUUUUGAAUUGAGAGGAAAUGAGAUUGAUUUUCUCAUGUGACCAAUUUUUUAUGUAUAUAUAUAUAUUAAAUGAAUAAGCUCCAUCAAUGACAAAUUGUAGAAGAGAACCUGACUUCAAUUCUUGAUGAGACUUUACCUAUCCCAUACUGAACUCCGGAUUCUCAUGACUCAUUGCAUUCAUAAAUAUAGUAGUAAAACUAAAAUGCACAUAAUAGCAUUUUCUCAA